CGAAACCUCUCACCAUGGAGCACUCCCCCUCUAUGAACUUGUCAGUGGUGGACGGAGACGACGUGGAGGACCAGCGUCCCCUCCUCCCACCCAGGAUGGUUCCUCCACCUCAGGCCUGCUCUCCGCAGUGCGGGAUCCACCACACGGUCCAGACAGCCGACCACACUGUGUGGCUGGACAGGACCCAGGCCAUGGCCACCACACCUUUAUACAACGGCCAUCUUUAUGUCACGCCGUCGCCUCGCUCCAACAGGAGGGCAGACAAAGGCAAAGAGAAGAAAUGUGAGAAAAGGUCAGGAGGACGUAGACAAAACCCAGCACACAAGGAGUGUAACCACCAGUGCAAAGCCAAAAAUGCAGGAGCUCACAGACUCCAGGAGAAAGUCACCUCUUUCACUGACGUCCCCAUGUCUCCAUGCGGGUCGCCCUUUAAGGGCCCCUGCAGGUCACACCUAGAGGUCAAGGAUGUCGAGGGCAGAGGGCGCCGCAAGUCUGGCAACGUUUCUCUGGAGAUGUACGACCGCCAGAGUCUGCCAGAGAUCAUCAUCACCAGCAAAGAUGACGACUUCCAGCCGCCUAAUGAGACGUUCCAGCACUGCCAGGAUCUGACUGAGGCCAAAGGUCAUCUGCCAGGAGCGGACGUCCCCGGUCCGAACCCCAAUCCCACUUCACAGACCAGCCCGAAACACAAAGACGACUCCAAGGACGACUCGUACUGGAAGACCCAUAACAUCGGCUGGCGGCUGGUCCGCAGGAGGGCUUUGUUUUUGAGGAGGCAGCGGCUGAACGACUGCGCCCUGGCGGUGGGGAUAUUCGGGAUGGUGAUGAUGGUGAUGGAGACGGAGCUGUCCUGGAGCGUCUACAGCAAGAGCUCCGUUUAUUCCCUCGCUCUCAAGUCUGUCAUCAGUUUUUCUACCAUCAUCCUGCUGGGUCUCAUCAUAGCGUACCACUGCUGUGAGAUUCAGCUCUACGUUCACGAUAUCGGUGCAGAGGAUUGGCGGAUCGCCAUGACCACUGACCGUUUGGCUCUGGUAGCCCUGGAGCUGGCUGCGGUGGCCAUCCAUCCCUACCCGGUGGGUCUGAUGGACUAUUUUGAGCAGACCCUCCAGCACACCACGCCUCACCUGUCGCUAUCGGAGACGGAGCUGGAAAUUGUGCUGGCUCUGCCCAUGUUCCUCAGGCUCUACCUGCUGGGCAGGGCCAUGAUGCUGCACAGCCGCCUCUUCACUGACACUGCGUCCCGCAGCAUCGGAGCGCUCAACAAGAUUCACUUCAACACCCGGUUUGUGGGGAAAACACUAAUGACGACCUACCCCGGGACGGUGCUGAUGAUUUUCAGCGUCUCUCUGUGGAUCGUGGCAGCGUGGGGCUUACAUGUGUGUGAGAGACACCACAACUACAGGGACCUGAGCAGCAACUACAUGGAGGCCCUGUGGAUGAUCUCUGUCACCUUCUUGUCCAUCGGUUACGGAGAUGUGGUGCCUCACACCUACUGCGGCCGCAGCAUCUGCCUCCUCACUGGGAUAAUGGGAGCUGGCUGCACAGUGCUGGUGGUGGCGGUGGUUGCGAGGAAGCUGGAGUUGACCCGAGCAGAGAAACAUGUGCAUAACUUCAUGAUGGAUUCCCACAUCUCAAAGAGGAUAAAAAUUGCUGCAGCAAAUGUGCUGAGAGAGACUUGGCUUAUCUACAAACACACGAAGCUGUCAAGAGAAAGAGACGACACCAGAGUCCGCAUGCACCAGCGAAAGCUGCUUUUGGCCAUCCACCAGCUACGUCGAGUGAAGAUAGAAAAGAGGAUCCUUGCAGAUCAGGGCAACACUCUUGUGGAUCUCUGCAAGAUGCAAACCUUGAUGUAUGACGUGCUGUCGGAGGUGCAGGGCUGCAGGGGGGAGCUGGACACGCACAUCCACAGUCUGGAGAAGCACGUCGAGGAGCUGAGGGAGGGAUUCAGGAGCCUGAUGCCGCUCCUGUCCAGCACCCUGUCCACGCAGAACUCCUCCAUCCGACACCUGCUCAGAGAGAGGGAGGUGAAGACGGAGACUGCUGGUGCCAGCGUGGACAGGUAGAGAGAGGCUGAGGAAGGUGAUGAAGGCUUUCUCAGGUGCUUCUGGAGGAGGUUUCUGCUAUAAUGCAGCUCAUAUGAUCAUGUUGGGACAUUUUUUUCUUGCAGGUGGACAGACUGAUGUUAGUAACAUGAUGAAGGCUGUUGCACAAUUAUGUAAAAUGUAUUAAAAAAAUAAGUAGCACCUUUUCUGUAGC